AUGUCUGAUGGUGCCCAUGCUUCAUUUUCAGGUAUUGCAAUUAAUUUUAGGUGCCCAUGCUUCAUUUUAACUGUUAGGAUUGAGCAAUCUCCUAUCUCUGAACUUUGUUUUGAUCAAAACAGCAGUACUGAACAAUCUGCUGUUUGUGCAAGACUUUGUUCUUUUUCGAUAUGGUAUGACCAGCUAACUCUCUUCUUCAAUGUAACACUUGUAAAAUCUUCAGAAGGAAAUACACUAUCCAUUCUUGCUAUAGUUGGUGCAAUAAAUGACCUGAUGAGAUACUUGCGCAAAUGCUUCCUGUGCUCCAUUGAAUUACCAAAAUUGGGAGAUGCCAUAAAUGAGCAAAGGGUUGCUCUACAUUCUUCUCUAGAGAAGUGCCUUGUACAGCUAGCAAAUAAGUUUGUGAUUGCUGUAGAUGAUGAAAAUGGUGAUGAAGAAGGAGAUCUUAUCAUGAUAGCAUCUCUUGCAAGUUCUCAGGCUCUGGCUUUUAUGAUUAGGCAUGGCUCAGGAAUUGUAUCUGUUGGGAUGAAGCAAGAGGAUCUGGAGAGGCUGAGCCUUCCUUUGAUGUCAACUGGCAGUGAGAAUGAGGAUCCAUCCGCCGCAGCUUACACAGUGACAGUGGAUUUGAAAACCGGGGCAUCUACUGGAGUGUCAGCCUCGGAUAGGGCGAAGACUAUUCUUGCUCUUUCGUCUCCAGAUUCUAAGCUGCAAGAUUUCAGAAGACCAGGCCAUGUAUUUCCACUCAAGUAUAGAAAUGGUGGUGUUCUAAGGAGAGCUGGUCACACUAAAGCUUCAGUGGAUUUAGUUUCACUUGCUGGCUUGCGGCCUAUAUCUGUUCUUUCUGCAAUUCUUGAUGCUGAGGAUGGCUCUAUGGCCCGAUUACCCGCUUUAAGAAAGAUAGCCAAGGAGAAUAGCAUACCAAUCAUCUCAAUCUUGGAUCUCAUCCGGAUUUUGGGGGACAUUCCCUGUCUUCCAGGCUAUCUUCACCUUCCCUCAAGAGCGUGCAAUACUGACAAAAGAGAGGUCUUCAGGCAUGUACAGGCUCUCCUCUUACUUGAUGUGGAGGAUGGAUUGAUGGUAACUCAUGGAAAUGAUGCUCCGAUCCGAGAGAAAAUAGUCACGUGGAAGGGGACCUUACUGAAUGUGGAAGGCUAUGUGAUUCAAUGA